AUGGCGCCCAGCUCGAAAUCGGAGAGGGAUGACAACAAACAGAAACCGGCGAAAAAAUACAAAGAGCACCUCGUCAAGCUGCUGAACCGCGGCAAGCUCCUGUGCCUGAUUCUGUUUUUCUCUAAAUAUAUUUUUCUGGGUCUACCUGCAUGUGUCUGUUGUUCUGUUUGUUCUCUUUGUCCUUCUUUUCUCCUGUUUUGGUAUCACGGGAGCCUACAGUGUUGUGUUGUUUUUACCUGUGUGUGCAGUCACAUCUUCCUGGGCUUCACAAAGUGUGGCCGGUAUGUCCUGUCCUAUACCAGCGACUGUGGGGAGGAUGACUUCUCCUUUUACAUCUAUCACCUCUACUGGUGGGAGUUUAACCUGCACAGCCGCCUGCGCCAGGUGAGGCAGGUGCGCCUGUUUGCGGGGGAGGAGAUCUACAGUGACCUGUACCUAACGGUGUGUGAGUGGCCCAGUGACCGUUCCAAAAUUGUCAUCUUCGGCUUCAAUACCCGCAGCUCCAGUUCUGUGCUGAUGAAUUUGAUGAUGAGCGAUGAGAACAACAGGGACAUCUAUGUCACCGUAGCAACAAUGCCUCCCUCACGGCCCUGCACCCAUUGUACUGGCCCACCCGCUGCAUCACAGUCAGGCAGCUCACAGUGCCUAGCCCACGGCUAUGUGCUGAACUCGCGGUACCAGGUGGUCUACCCCUUCCCCACCUUCCAGCCAGCCUUCCAACUCAAGCAGGACCAGGUGGUGCUGCUCAACACCAGCUACUCCCUGGUGGCCUGUGCCGUGUCAGUCUGCCCUGCAGGGGAUCAGGGGGAGUCCAGUCAGAUCCUGUACAGGAGGAGGGGCCUUGGAUCGCCACUGCCCUCCCGGCCCGUGGUGCUGCCCUCUCCCUCUCCCUCCUCCCGAGCCCCUGGGACUCCCUGCUCGUCCCCCGAUCAGACACAGGACCCCUGCAAGCCCCAGCCCCCAUCUCCCUCGCCUGACCAGUCGCAGGCUGCCGCCAGGGCACGGGAAUUCGCGGCAGACAUCUUCAGACGAGCGCGGGGGAGAAACAGUAGUGGAGAGGAAGCGGGGGGCAAGCGGGGAGACAGCAGAGAUGCGCUUACAGAGGAAGAGACCAGGGCAGGGAGAGAGAGUCCUGUACCUUCCUCCUCCUCAGGGGGUACUCGGGAGCUCUCGGGGUCAGAGGAGCAGGCAAGCCCUGUUGAUCGUGACCCUGAGGGUGUGGGUGAGUCACACGGCUCUGUGUCCUCCUCUUCCUCCUCCACCCUCUCUUCCUCGGCCACGGAGCCUGGCUACGUGAACUACACCAGGCUGCAAUAUUGUUUACAGCCACCGGGGGCGCCAGAGCAGGACACCGAGUACGAGGAUGACAAGGUGCUGCUGCCAUUCACAGUGACUGACCUGAGGGGCCGCAGCCUGCGGCUAGUGAAGGGACAGCAGCCCAGCCAGGCUCAGUGCGUUUGUGUGGAGCAGCUGACGCUGGAUUUUGAGUAUGUGAUUAAUGAGGUGAUCCGCAAUGACGCUGCCUGGGCGCCCCAGUUCUGCUCCUUCAGUGACUACGACAUCGUAAUUCUGGAGGUGUGUCCAGAGAUGAACACCGUGGUGAUUAACAUUGGGCUGCUCCUGCUGGCCUUCCCCACACCCGAGGAGGAGCACUGCAGGCCGAAUACCUACCACUCCAGCCUGCAGGUGUCCUGGGACCUGAGCACAGGAGUUUGUCGCACGGUGGGGGUGGGAGAGCUCACAGAGGUCAAGGGUCAGACCAGUGGCAGCGUGUGGAGCUCCUACAGGAAGUCCUGUGUCAACACCGUGAUGAAGUGGCUGGUUCCUGAGAGCAGCUCCUGCUACAUCAACCGCAUGACCAACGAGGCCCUGCACAAAGGCUCCUCACUCAAAGUGCUGGCGGACAGCGAUCGCUACACCUGGAUCGUCUUGUGAGGGACUGGUGGACAGACGGGAUGGACAGAUACACAGACAACAUUGUGCACACUGAGACUCUCGCAGACAACACUAUACGCUCACUGUACACACCGAGACUCACACAGACAACACUGUGCACAAUGAGAACUUCACACACGGACAACACCUCUGGGAGCCUCUACCUCUGUUCCUGUACUACUGUCAUUCCACACCACCUUGUUCCUGCUUGACUGCUGAUCAGUGUAGAUACCGAGGCCGGCUGUACCGUUACUCAAGUACUGUAGCAGCAGUUCAUGUGAGCCGCUCACACAGUGGAGCGUAGAGGGGCCAGUGGUCACCCCCUGGUUGCCCGGCAGUCUGGGCAGAUCUCUGCUCCCUGUGGGACUGGGGAAGAGGGACCAGUGCUGUGGGUCUCAGGAGGUUUGCUGGCUGAGCUCAGUAUGAACACAUUGAAAGACAGGCGCCAUCAGCCACAGUUCCUCCGGUCGUGACACUCGGCCCCGUGAUUCCAGGUGAAUUCUUUUCUGUUGUCCUUCAGCUCGUACUCUCGUCUCCGUGCUGCCAUUUUGGUAUCUCGUCUUUUAUUUGGUGCUGUUGCUGGUUCAUUAGUUAAACUGACUGGAUGGUGUAAUUUUUAUUUUUAAAUUUGUAUUAAAAGUGGAUUCCUUUCAGACCGAU